UUGCGCAGAUGUUGUUAGUGACAACGAGGAUAUUGUGGAAACCUAACAUGGACCAUGAUCGGAACAGUUUCAGAAUGAAUACGACGGUGAUCUACAACGGUGCAAGCACCAUGGAUAACAUCAUCGGUUUUGAAUUUGAAAGAUACAGCAAGGCGAUGAAUAUCAAUAUGAAUAGCGACAGUGACGUUUCGCCAGUGACUUUAUCAUCGGCCUGGUCCAGAGUGGCCCGACUUUUGCUGCUGGCCUCCCUCGCCGUAGGCGGGAGCGUGGGUAAUGUCUUCAUGAUAUCCGCCGUCGUAGUGGAGGAUCAGCUGAACAAGCGAGGAAACGCAUUCCUCGUGAACGUGGCGCUGGCGGAUUUGCUGGUGACUGGUCUGGUAAUACCGGUCUCGGUGAUCGUAAUCCUGGCGGGUUACGCGGAGUCCCUGGGUGCUUGCCGAUUCGAGUGGACCCUCGAGGCUCUUUGCUUCCUGGUGACCGUACUAACGUUGGCCACAAUCGCCGCCGAAAAUUACGCACGUCUGUGUCUGCCCGCCGAAAGAUACGCCAGUUUGACGGCAGGUCGUGUAACAGCCAUAAUUAUCGUCGUCUGGCUAAUCGCUAUGACUGUGGUGGCUUUGCAAUCGUCUUUGGACAUAGGUCCUGACUUUUGCCGUCGCAGGCUCAGCGGUAUUGCGAUGGAACAAGCGGUGGGAGCAAGUAUAUUGGUUGGACUGCCAGCUUUGACGACCAUCUUCCUCUACGUGAAGCUGGUGAUACGUGUGCGACGAGCCACGAGAGGCUCAUAUAAACCGCCAGCCGCCUUCUCCUGGGACUAUGAGCUCACGAAGACGAAUAUGUGCAGCUGCGUGAUGUUCGUCGUGUUCUGGUUGCCAUUCGGCCUGGCGGUCUGCGUGAAUUCCUUCGUUCCGGUGAGCACACGUGUACUUUACAACCUGGCCUGGUUCGCCCUGUCCAAGUCCUGCUUCAACAAUCUGCUCUACUGCGUGGCGGACCGUCACUUUCGCAGUGCUUACGUCAAACUUUUUCACUACUGCUGCUGUAAGACCACGAGAGAAGCCCGAUGGGAUUUCCGCCUCGUGGAUUUUCCGGAAAGAUGGCAUGCGUUCGUGGCGACAGCGACGGCGGCGGCUUCAGCGACGUACGAGCUGGGUUCGAUAAGAGCGUGCAGCUUGUACCAGACUGUCGAGAAUCGUAAACAGUGGAUGUCGUAAGAUGUCGAGUGGCUAUCAGUAAUCCCAUUCAUCGCAAGUGUCGUUCCCCUUGGUUUAAGCGAGUCUCCAAAGUCGAUACGGUGCAACAGAAGAGAACGGCGAGAACUCGGAAGUACAGAUGUUCAAGGGUCGUGCACGCCAUCGAGCGUCGAUGCGGGUAUACGGUGGAUUACAGUGACCAUCCAUGGGGCCACGUGAAUGACUCGGGUCCUUUUCAUAGAAGAAUGGCUUUUCCGUGUCGCUGAAUUCAGUGGCCGGCGCGGCACAAUCGCAACGUACUACUUGGUCCUCGGCUCGUGAACGACAACGAGGAUCAGCGGCGAAUGUCCGAAUAUAGGAGAGAAUGCGAGGAAGAAGAAGAAAGUCCCAAAUGUCCUCGUAGACUCAAGGGCAAGUAUUCCGUUACCAGAAGGAGGCACCUGAUUCCGCGUCUUGCUCGAUUUUAAAAGGUUCAUGAAGUUGGUCACGAUCGAAGCGUAUUCCUCGAAUUCUUCCGUCUCAACUUCGACAGUUUCCUUUGCUUCUUCUUCUUUUUCCUCUUCUUUUUGCUCUUCUUUUCUUCCUCCCUUUUCUUUUUAUUUCUCUUUCUCUUCUGCUUUUCUUCCCUGCCUUUACGCUUUUAUCCAACUCUCUCCUCCUCAACUUUCUCCUCUUCCUCUUUCAACGAGCUUUCUGACUUACUUUCUUUCUCUCAAAGUGCAGUACCCACUGCUGCAGCGAUAUCACUUUCCGAUAAAAGUCAAGCCGUAUGCCACCCCGAAAAGAGCUAAAGGCUCUACUAUUACACAACGCGGAGAUAGAGAAAGCGCUACUCCGCACAGCCGCAUCGUCGAUUUGACGAUGUGGGGUGAACCGUUAUGCACGACGAUCGUCGAAACUUCGGUACCUACGUGAAUUUUAUUACCAAUUGUCACACCAGUGGAUAUAGCCGUUGGUUUAAUGCGGCGAGCGGAACGUUUCUUUACCACUUUGGUUUAUAUUUCUCAGCAAAACGGUAGGUCAACUGUGAAACUAAUUCGUCGAGAGAAGAUUACUUUUUAGUUUUCGUCCCUAAAAACUACGAUAUUUAUUGUAAAAGAAAGUGUUUUCAAAAAAGAAA